GAUCGCCCUCCCCUCCAAAUCCAUACACCCGCCGGCACCGCUCACGCACCCAUCCACUACCAGUUCCCAGAGGUGUCACGCAGCUGACUGGGAAAGGAAAGGGGAGAGGGCUCCUCCGGGAGGGGGACGCCAAAAGAGUGGCGUUUCUCAGGGAUUUAACCUCCUACCCUCGGUUACAUGACGCCACCCCUCCCUCCGAAGACUGGAUCUGCGCCUCCAUUUUUUGUUCUGGGGCAGAGAGGCAGGGGCUCCCGGGCAGGAGGGGUCAAAGGAAACGGUAACUAUCACCCGCCGAGGGGAGAGGGUGCUGUCCUCCCUCCUCUCGCUCAGCCUGCACCCCGGCAUCCCCUUCCACCCUCUCGGGGUCUUCCCCCGCCCCUUGUUGCUAAGGCCCGGACCGUCAUCCCAGCAACAGCCUCAGUCAUGUGACCCGCAAUGGCGGCGCUGACGGGAGCUCUGGUCAGCUGAAAGUGGAAGUGGACUUCUGCCACCAUCUUCCAUGGUCCUUUCAGGCCACAUAAUCUCCAAGUAGCAGGGAAAAGGAGUGUGCCUGCAUGCCAAUUCUAAGCUCUUCCGGAUCAAAUGUCGUUCGUCCUGUCCAGAAUGGCAGCCUGUGGAGGCACCUGCAAGAACAAAGUGACUGUCUCCAAGCCUGUGUGGGACUUCCUGAGCAAGGAGACCCCAGCCCGGCUGGCCCGGCUUCGGGAGGAGCACCGAGUGUCCAUCCUCAUAGAUGGCGAGACUUCUGACAUCUACGUGCUCCAGCUUUCCCCACAGGGUCCUCCCCCAGCCCCUCCCAAUGGGCUCUACCUGGCCCGGAAGGCUCUCAAGGGGCUACUGAAAGAGGCCGAGAAAGAGCUGAAGAAAGCUCAGAGGCAGGGGGAGCUCAUGGGCUGCCUGGCUUUGGGGGGUGGUGGGGAGCACCCUGAGCUGCACCGCCCAGGUCCACCUCCUCUUCGAGCAGCCCCACUCCUGCCCCCAGGAGCAAGAGGGCUCCCCCCUCCUCCUCCUCCCCUGCCCCCUCCACUUCCUCCUCGUCUUCGGGAGGAGGCUGAAGAACAGGAAAGCACCUGCCCCAUCUGCCUGGGGGAGAUCCAGAAUGCCAAGACAUUGGAGAAGUGCCGGCACUCUUUCUGUGAGGGCUGCAUCACGCGGGCCCUGCAGGUGAAAAAAGCCUGCCCCAUGUGUGGCCGAUUCUAUGGGCAGCUGGUGGGCAACCAGCCCCAGAAUGGGCGGAUGCUGGUCUCCAAGGAUGCCACCCUCCUGCUACCCAGCUAUGAGAAGUACGGCACCAUUGUCAUCCAGUAUGUCUUCCCGCCCGGUGUCCAGGGGGCUGAACACCCGAACCCAGGAGUUCGGUAUCCUGGUACCACACGGGUGGCCUACCUCCCGGACUGCCCCGAGGGCAACAAGGUGCUGACCCUGUUCCGAAAGGCAUUUGACCAGCGUCUCACCUUCACUAUCGGGACAUCCAUGACUACAGGGAGACCCAAUGUCAUCACUUGGAACGACAUCCACCAUAAGACCAGCUGCACAGGGGGACCCCAGCUGUUUGGGUAUCCGGAUCCCACCUACCUGACCAGGGUGCAAGAGGAACUGAGAGCCAAGGGUAUCACAGAUGACUGAAGGACGUCCCCCUUGCCAAGGCCCCUGCCGUCCUCUUCACUAGGAUCCAACGGAAGCCUCUCUUCUCCUCUCUCUCUGCCCCCACACACCCACGAGGGGAUUUGUCUGACUGGGGUGGGAGUUCAGUGGGGAAAGGGACAGUCCCUUCCCCUGCCCCCCAUUGGCCGAGUGCUUCUGUGCCCUUUGAGCCACUCCCCUCUGGCAGAGGCUGGUUUCCAAGGCUCCCCUCCCUGCACUCCGUGUACAUACUCUACGCCCCUGCUCCUCCAGUGUCCUAGGCUUCUCCUGGUAUGUACUGUGCUCCAGUGACUAAGCUGAGAAAGGACCUGGGUAGGGAGGAUGGAGGUCUCUUGAGCUCCAGCCCCUCAGUACUGUACUGUUUCAUUGGACUGAUAUUAGCUGCCUCCCCCUGCCAGCUGUGUGUGAAGAUAACAGUAGUCCUACCUUAACGGAUCCUUUCUCUCCUGUGUCUGUCUCUGUCAGUCUGUCUUUCCCUCGCUCUUCCCUGCCCCUAUAAGGAGCCUCCUCACCCUGUUCUGGAAUUGCUGCCAGACUGUAGCUUUUAAUUUAAUAAAAAUAAAGUAAAAUAUGCAACUCUAU